AUGCCUGAUGCCUGCACAGCCCCGACGGCUCAAAGGUCCUUUUCGUUUGGCAUGGAUCCAAAGAUGCUUGCCUUGGUCGUGACGUUUCUGGCCUCGUCGCCAUUCCUCCUCGUUGUCGUGGUCCCCAUCAUUGCCAAUCGAAUUGGUCGAUUCCUAGGUUUCACACUGCGCAAGAGAACUGGCGGUCGUCGAACGCAUCUCAUCUCCUUCAUGAACGAGGAAGACGAAAAAUACUGCAAAGACAGCUCUGAAACAAAUCAGACGACCUCGAGUGACGCGGUUGAAGCUGAGGCUGUUGACAGUACCGGUCUGAAGACAGAGAACCGAGACGCCAAGCUAUCAAAGAACUGGGAUGGCGUUAUUGGAUUUUUCCACCCCUUUUGCAACGCUGGCGGUGGCGGGGAGCGAGUGCUGUGGGCUGCUAUUCGCGCCACUCAGGAUCGUUGGCCAAAAGCCAAGUGCGUCGUGUACACGGGAGAUCAUAAUGUGACCAAGGACGCCAUACUGCACCGUGUGGAGAGCCGGUUUAAUAUUCGUCUUCACCCGCCAACUGUCCAAUUUCUCUAUCUUUCCAAACGCCACUGGGUUCUUGCUUCGAGCUGGCCACACUUCACCUUGCUCGGGCAAUCACUUGGCUCCAUGAUCUUGGCCUGGGACGCCUUUUCCCUGCUCGUUCCGGACAUCUUCAUCGACACCAUGGGAUAUGCCUUUGCCCUGGGGCUAUGCAAGUUCCUCUUUCCAAACGUCCCUACCGGCGCCUAUGUCCACUACCCUACCAUUUCGACCGACAUGCUGGACUCUCUCGACCCGACCUCUGCGGUGGGGUCUCAGGGGGUCAAUGCUGGUCAGGGCAAGGGGACUCGUGGACUUGUCAAGAGGGCGUACUGGCGCUUGUUUGCCAUGGUCUAUUCAUGGGUCGGCUCCUCGGUUGACGUCGUCAUGACCAAUUCUACCUGGACACAGGCCCAUGUCCAGAGCUUAUGGGGACCGUACAGAGCUCAAAAGGACAGGAACCAUCCUGUUGUAGUCGUAUAUCCGCCUGUGGCUGUUCGCGAGCUUGAGCAAGAAGUAGAAGUAUCUGAGGCGAGUGAGGAGAAGCGAGACCACAUUCUCGUGUACAUUGCCCAAUUUCGACCCGAGAAGAACCAUCAGCUCAUUUUGCAAUCCUUUGCCAAGUUUUUAAAAGCAAAGAGCAAGGCUGCCGAGAAGGCGCGGCUUGUCCUCAUCGGCAGCGUCCGAGACGAUCAAGAUUCCAAGAGGGUCUACCAACUUCGAUUGCUUGUCAACGAGCUCGGCAUCAAGGCCAACGUGGUGUUCCAUCUCGAUGCCUCGUGGCCAGAGAUUCUCGAUUGGUUGAGAAAGGCCUCUGUUGGCGUCAAUGGCAUGUGGAACGAACACUUUGGUAUAGGUGUAGUCGAGUACCAGGCGGCGGGUCUCAUUUCAGUUGUUCACGACAGUGGUGGGCCGAAGCUCGACAUUGUCGUUGAGGUGGAUGGAGAACCAACUGGCUACCACGCAACCAGCGAGGAAGAAUUUGCCAGGGGUUUCGAAAAGGCUCUUUCUCAGUCUGACCCGCUGGCUAUGCGCAGGCGCGCCCGCAAGUCGGCUAUCAGAUUCACCGAGGAAGAGUUUGCCAAGAAAUGGGUUUAUGAAACGAGCCGCCUGGUGGCAAUGACAACAUAG